CAGCAGAGGUCGAAUCAAGCAGUAGAGCAUCGAAACGCACCAAAUACAGAUGAUCGUGAUGUUCCAAGAAUGGAGUUGGGGAGGAAUAAGUCGAUGCAGACAUGCCUUUCGGGGUCGAUGACGCUCAGGUAUGUACUUUGGCCAGGUUACACCUUAUUUCUCGCCUCAUCUUGAUGUCAUCCCGUAUUGAUCAGCGGCAUCCUUUGCAACUCAUCCCUCGUCCCAUUUCUCUCAUCCGUGGCAUGCUUUAUCCCAAGACCCUCACUCUCUUUUGAGAAAACGUUGUGAAGAUGAUUCCCAAGGAAGAGAUACCAUCAGUAAUAACGGCGGCCGACCAGACUCCAACAGAAGAGCGCAACAUCGCCCUCUGCAAGGAGUACAUGGGCAUCGCCUACUCUCCGUCGGCCAACCACGGCGCCGAGUCCGUCGCGCACCUGUGCCACGCGGACGCCUGGUUCUGGGCGCCCGCGACGUUCCCGGGGUGCCGGACGCCGAUGGACUACGCCGACUCGCACGCGGCGGUGAUGGCGAGCGUGGCGGACCUGCGGAUCGUGCGCUUCGACCAGGCCUGGGCCAAGGGCGGCCACGUGCUGCUGAGGUACACCGCCGAGGGGAGCCAUUGCGGGAAGCCGUAUAAGGGGAUCGAGGCUACGGGCCGGCAUGCGCGGUGGAGCGCCGCGGCGAUUUUUGAGGUGGAGGAGGGGAGGAUUCGGAGCUUUACGAAGGACUGGGAUCAGAAGACGAUGCAGAUCCAGUUGGGGUGGGCUCCGGUCAAGGAGAGUAGCGACCCUCGCUGGAACGCGGAUGCCCUUGCGAAUCCCGAGAAGGCUCAGAAAGAAAAGGAGUAAGCUGGGACGGCCAAGUUGAAAGCUUGCCUCUCCCUUGAGAUCGCUGAGAUGAUUUCCGGCGAAGCAACCUGCCUCUGAAUAGGGGCAAGUAUGGGUAAGGAAGGUGUGGCCGUGGGGAUGCUAGAUUUGGCAAAGUUAAAUUAUGUACAGCAUAUAUAGGUACAACAGAUACGAUGAUGUAUCGUCAAGCAUCACACCAGCAGUCAUGAAGAACCCACCCUGGGUAUCCAAGUAACCCUUGACCUGUGUGUGUGCAAGACCGGCGCCAAUGCAACAACCC